AGCGACUUUCUUUUAUAUAUGUAUUGUUUUCUAUUCGUUCUUGGUGCGUUUUGAAUUUCUGUGUGGUGUCGCAGUUGACGUAUUUAUAGUCGUUCGUUUGCACGCGUAUAAACAGCAACGAUAAGUCGCAAAGCCGCAUCUCAUGCCCAUGAAGCUCGGUGAUGUCGUGAAGGUGAACUUCGCCAACAAAAGCGAGAAUCAGCCGUCCACUGUGAUUGGCGUUGUCGAGGCAGUGGAUGCCGCGCAGGAGUUCGCGACGGUCUUCGUGGGAAACGCACAGUCGUGGUCCGUCCUUGCGUCGAGCGUGACACCACUCAGCUUGCCGGCCUCGUUCUCACGGACAGCGAGGGACACGCAGAGGGUGCGGUCCACCGCGACGCGUUUUCUUUCAACGGCAGCUGGACAACAGCUGCCGCUUUCGCCUUCCUCUUCCCCAACGAGGCAUCACGUCGCACUGGAAACGGCUGUGGCUGCCCGGUCGAAGAACGAUGACACGGCGCACCACGCACCCGAAAAUCUGCGCACGGUACCCUCGUCAUCCUUCGGCAAGCCCGACAACUACAGCUUCGAGCCCAAUGCGCCGUACACAAACGUGUUGUACGAGAUGAACGCACGGCUCACAGGGCUGUGCGACUGGUCGUCGCCUCCCCUAACGACGUUCUUUUUAACUGUUUUGUACCUUUGGUUAGCGGUGGAAGGGAGUGGCCUGCCUUUUACAAGAAGCGGCGUACCGCUGCUGAGUGUCGCCUCCGUCGUUCAGCGGUGCGCUAUCGCCGUGGUGCGUACGCUGGUAGCGGUGGUACUCUGCGCCUGCGUCAGCAUGGCCCCUCGUCACACCCCCGCUUCAGCGUUUUGGCUGCUGUUUCCCCUCAUGGUCGUCUCCUUCGGUGGUCUCACGCCUGUGCUGUGGUGGCACACCCUUGUCGUCGGCUGCUUUCCGGUUCGCCUGACUUCACACGGCAGCGCCACCGCGACCGCCGCACCUACUGCGGCGUCCGCACCACUGAUUUUGUGCGUUGGUAAAACGGUUCUGGAUGCAGGCCGCUGCGUACUUCGUGGUGUCUCCACGAUGAUGAUCGCCCUGGGUGAAUCGCUUCGUGCGGUGAGCGAGGAGCUGAACUAG